GACUUCAUUGUCCGUGGCGGUGAGGAGUGAAUGCGCUGAUCGUCUUGGCGCGGGCGUGCGCCAUGGCGAGCUCGACGUGACUCGUGAAUGCGAUGAGGAUGGUGAAGGAAGAGGACAAGCCCUGCCACUUGCUGCGCACCCGCGGUCGCUGUGCUCAUUUGCAAACACGCCUAACCGCAGCAAGCGCGAGCAAGAGUCCUGCCUGCCAACAGCUCUCUCCUUCGAGCCGCUCUCAUCCAACCUUCGGCUGCCUCUCCAAAUCGUGUGCCAGGCAGUGGGUGCGCAUUUACCUCCUCCUUCGCUUCGUAGUCAGUCGAUGCGAAGUCGCCACCUUCGCAGUCAGUCGGUGCGGAGCCUCUCUUCGCAGGCAGUCGAUGCGCAGUCGACUCCCUUCGCAGGUCGGUGGCGGAUUCGCCUCCUUCGCAGUCUGUGCGGAGUCGCCUCCUUCGCAGCCAGGUCGAUGGCGAAGUCUUCGCAGUCAGUCAGUCGGUGCGGGGUCGACUCCUUUGCAGUCAGUCGAUGCAUACUUAUUCGCCUCUUCGCAGUCAGUCGAUGCGGAGUUCGCCUCCUUCGCAGUCAGUCGGUGCGGGGGUCGACUCCUUCGCAGCAGUCGAUGCGGACCGCCCUUUGCUUCGCAGCCAGGCGAGGCGGAGUCGACUCCUUCGCAGUCAGUCGACGCGGAGCCUCCCUAGCGGUCGAUGCGGAGUCGACUGCUUCGCAGCAGUCAGUCGAUGCGGAGCCUCCUUCGCUUCACAGACAGUCGAUGGCGAAGUCGA